AUGUCAACAUUAUUAUCGAAUCGUACACUAACAACAUUUAGAAACGCACAAAUUAUUUCUAAUAAAUCAGCGAAUCUAUUUGUUAACUUGUUAGAUUCAAAAAUUUUUAGUAGAGCUGUUAGAUAUAGAAAAGUAUCAAUAGAAUUAUUGGAACAUGUUAAAAAUCUUGGAAAUGAAGGCAACAUUGUAAAAGUCAAGCCUGGUUAUAUGAGAAACGAUUUGUAUCCAAAUCGGAAGGCAAAUUAUUACAUACCAACAAAAGGAAAAAACAAGUUGCUUCAAUCAGAGGGUCCUUCGCAGAUACAUCAAAUAUCUAAAGGAGGACAAAUUACACUGGCUGUUCUUGGAAAAUCAUACGUUGAUAAAAAAAAUAAUGCUCCAAAGGUGCUGAAAUAUUUUAAAGAAACACAAAAGAAAAUUGCAAUCCUUAAUCAUAUUCCUUCUUUAACUUUUGAAUGUGAUUUGGACGGUGAUGCCAAUAACCCUACUGAACUUAGAAACUCCGUGAAACUUGAAGACAUUUUAAAUCGAAUUAAAAGUGAAUAUUUUAUUUCCUUGAAUUUGGAUGAUAUUGAAUUUCAUGAAACUAAUUCAAGUGAAAUCAAUCGGACUGGAGAUUAUAAAUGUUUAUUCCAUUUUCGUGAAAUUCAACAUACAAUUUCCGUAAAAAUUAUUGUGAAACCAUCAAUCGGAUUUCAAGGAACAAAAAAUUUAUCUUCAGAUGAAUAG